AUGGCCGAGGAUACCUCUACGCCGGCUGUCUGGUACAAACUAAUAUUUUCUCUUAAUCACUUUUGCAGGAGUUGGACUGUCCUCAGUGGCGGUGCUCACAAACGCAAGGUCAAUAGCAUCCUGGGUCUUUUGUGCAGGGAGCACUUCCCAGGCCUGGUCCACUAUCAAGGACGGUACGAGCCGGCCUGGACGUGGGACCACUACAUCGCCGCCAACAACGAUCAGUUGGAUUGGAGCGGCAGAGCCUUUGAGAACAAGGCGGAACGGGUAAAGGGCGAGCUCUGGGAUUUUUACAGGUGUGAUGAGGGAUACGAGGAGCGGGCGGCGAUUGUGGCUCACAAUCGAUGCGUUAAACUCGUGAAGGACAUGCAUUAUGAGGUGCAAGUCCAGUGCGUCAUCAACUAUUGUGCACAUUUCCUAAAGCAGAAGAUCGGGAAGUCCGAGGCGAGGGAUUUGAAGCUGACCCGAGAGCAAUAUUUACAGGUCCCUGCGUGGUGGUGUCAUAAUGACACCGUGUGCUGGGAGCGCAUAGUGGACAAGUGGUUCGACCCCGAGUAG